GGCCAGGAUUGUCAAACACGCUCAUGAUGGAUCAGAACAUCAACUUCUCCCCUCCACUCAAACGUCGCCUUUUGCUUCUUUUUGCUAAAUUCGUCUAAAUUCCUUGUGACACACCCUGAAUACUGACUGCGAGGCUGAUCACAUGCUCAAUUUUGUGUACAUGCGGCGUAGAACGUAUCUCGCCCAUGACGUGAAAGAAGGACAGAGUAUAAGCGAUGCUCGGUGACCGGCAUAUAUAGCGUUCAACGAGAGAGUUUCCGACUGACUCAGAGUCGGCCACCUAUUGUACAUUGAAAGUGCCGAGAUCAACCUUCUUCACUAUUGGGGCAUGUUGAGAUUAUUGUUUUUGCCUCUAUGGGCAACUCGGAUUGUGUUUGGCGCGAGUACUAACGUUCAGAGCUCCGAAAGUGUAGCUCCGUCGUCUGUAUCCCCGUCUAUCAUAACCAGUGCGGGGUCGCCGUUAGCAACGAGUAUCCAGGACCCAGCUAGUCUCGUGAACCUUUUCAUUGGAACGCGGAAUGGGGGUCAUACAUUCCCUGGUAUGUGCAACAUUGCCGCAUGGAAUGGUCAAAGUCGGAAUGGAUACGAACUCUCCUGGAAACCAUGCAGGAUACGACGGUGAUCCUCAAUUUAAUGCGACUGGUUUCUCACAGCUGCAUGACGAUGGCACCGGUGGUGCCGUACCCCUUUCACUUUUCAAACUCUGGGCUUUCAAAUCGUGUGGUCAAUUUGACACGUUCGAGGAGUGUCCAACUUCUAUUGCAAGUAGAAAUGCACCAAGAAAGAAUUUGAGUACCGGCUUGCCUGAUGACUUCGCCGAACCUGGCUACUUCUCGUCCAACUUGUCGACAGGCAUACGUGUAGAAUUGACAGCGACUCGCAGAGCCGCCUUGCACAAAUACACUUUCCCGGCUGGAACUCGAAAUCCUCGAAUGGUUGUCGACAUUACUAACGAUGGUCAACAAAGCAGCACUGAUCCGAUAAUGGAACUUGACUCUGAGACUGGGAAAGUCGCAGGUGGAGCGUCAUUCGCUGCUUCCUUUGGUCCUGAUCGAUUCCGCGCUUUCUCUUGUGUGGACUUUCAAGGAGAUGGUUUUGAUUUGGGACAACCCAAGGAAUUCGGAGCCUGGCUUGGCAACUUUCCAGUGAAACAGAGUACUAACAUUAACCAACUUUACUUCGGUUUCCGAGAUGAGCUUGGUGCCCUUCUGACAUUCACACCAAACGGAAAUGGCACGACGUCAAUCUUAGCACGCGUCGGGGUUUCUUUCAUUUCUCCUGACCAAGCCUGCGCCAACGCAGAAGAAGAAAUCCCAGACUUCAAUUUGGACCGCGUUCGGAGCUCUGCGCGCGCUCAGUGGAAUGAAUUGCUCGGCCGCAUCCAAGUAAAGACUGACAACGUUGAUCCAGAGAUUGUCAGUUUGCUCUAUAGCUCUGCUUAUAGAACCCAUAUCUCGCCGGCGGACUACACAGGAGAAAACCCGAAGUGGAACUCUACCGAGCCCUACUACGAUUCCUUCUACUGCAACUGGGACACCUAUCGUACUCUGUACUCGUGGAUGGCUUUGCACGACCCCGAUGAUUUUGCGCGGAUUAUCCGGGGAAUGAUAAACAUUCAGCAGCAUGAAGGGUGGUUGCCUGAAUGUCGUGGUGCAACGGCUCAGCACUUUAUCCAAGGUGGCAGCAAUGGGGAUCCUAUCCUCGGAGAGUUCUUCGUAAAGUUCCAUGAACACGCCGCCGCUCUCAAUGUUUCCUCAUCCGCCUUGUAUACGGCGCUCCUUGCUGAUGCCGAAAAGCAACCGCCCAACUGGGAUCUGCAAGGACGUCAGGUCAAUAUCUGGAAGAAGCUAGGCUAUAUCCCCUCGGACGUGUGGGAAGUGGGUGGAACGAAUACAAAACAAGUGUCUCGCACUCUGGAGUAUGCUUUCGAUGACUUCGCCAUCUCACAAGUCGCCAAGAUCUUAGGAAAGAAACAGGACGGCGCAAAAUACUCGAAGCGAGCAGGUAACUUUAUCAAUGUUUGGAAUCCAAACACAACCGUCCCUGGCAAUGAUAGUAUCGUCGGGAUGAUGCAGCCUAGGUUCGCGGAUGGGACAUUCAAUUUCACAGAUCCUCGACAUUGCAGCGUGAACGACCCGACACAGGCCACUUGUUUCUUGAAUGCGGCUAACAAGGAUGGUUUUUAUGAGGGUUCCCCUAUCGUUUACACUCAGUAUGUCCUACAAGACACUGCGAAGCUGAUUCAAUUGCAGGGUGGAAAUCAGAAAUUCAUCGAUCGACUCAACUUCAUAUUUGAGCAAAAUUACUUCGAUUCAACCGACGAACCCUCGCAGCAAAUACCCUUCAUGUACCAUUAUGCGAAUCGCCCAGGACUGAGCACCCAGAGGUCGCGUCAAGUGAUCGCGCAGUUUUACAAUACAUCCACGAAUGGUUUGCCUGGCAAUGACGGUGCAAUGGGAAGCUUUGUCGCUUUUUAUCUCGCAGGUCUUUACCCUCUGCCUGCCACGCGACAGUUCUUGCUUUCGUCGCCAUACUUUCCGCAAAUAUCGUUCUUUAACCCUAUCUUCGGUAAGACCACCACUAUUAAGGCUAACAACUUCAAGGGUAAUCCUAUUGACGGAACCGGCGGUACGGUAUUUGUCAAGGGUGUGAAGAUUGAUGGAAAGGCGUGGAAAUCCAAUUGUUUCAUCGAAUGGGAAGCAUUUCAACAGGGCUCAACGAUAGAACUCGAGCUGACGGAUGAUAUCAACGUGACUUGCGGCAAAGGCUCGGAUGCGUUGCCUCCGUCGUUGUCCACCGGUGGAUAUAACUGAGUACCUGAAAGAAUCUCAGUUGUAUCCAAUAGAAUUGAACUUGCAUGUCUGGUGUUCUUUCGCAUUUGCUUGGCACUGAGAAUAUGCCUAUCUCGCGUUCAAUCACGUUCAAUCUAGAAUAUUUUGGU